CGGUCACAGUUGAAAGGUUGGAGGUUGCGUCAGUCGGCUCCUGCUUUGCCAUGUGUGUUCGGUGUGACGAAUGCAGAAAUUUAGAUUUUUGACUAGAUACGCGCUCGAUUUGUUUGAAGACUGUGGGAUUAUUUGCCCUUUCUAUUAUCUCGUCGAUUCACUCUCCUUGAUUAGAGAUGAGCCGAACAGCACUUCCUGGGACGCAAGAAUCUGACAGCCGGUCGUUCUACGCUUGGACAAAACUGCGCCGAUUUUUCGCCCACGUUAAAUACGAGAACCUAGUGGCCGGACUUAGUGGAGGAGUGGUGUCUACUCUUAUGCUUCACCCCUUGGACCUUGUGAAAAUACGAUUUGCAGUUAGUGACGGACUGGAUUUGAGGCCAAAGUACAAUGGAAUUUUACAUUGUAUGAGAACUAUUUGGAGGCAGGAGGGACUUAGAGGUCUCUAUCAAGGCGUGACACCCAAUAUCUGGGGUGCAGGUGCCUCUUGGGGCCUAUACUUUUUCUUUUACAAUGCAAUCAAGGCAUAUAAACAAGAAGGAAAUCAAGGGGAUCUACGUGCUUCCCAACAUUUAAUUUCAGCAGCUCAAGCAGGUGCAUUGACCCUCUGCAUUACAAAUCCAAUAUGGGUGACAAAAACUCAGCUAGUCCUCCAAUAUGAUGCUGGAGUUGACCAAUCCAAGAAACAAUAUCGUGGAAUGGUUGAUGCUCUUGUAAAGAUUUUCCGUCAAGAGGGAAUACCAGGCUUGUAUCGGGGAUUUUUGCCAGGUUUGCUGGGUACGUCACACGGUGCACUUCAGUUUAUGGCAUAUGAGGAGCUAAAAAAGAAAUAUAACAAGCACAGAAGCCUUCCUUUAGAUGCUAAACUGAAUUCCUUUGAAUACAUAACAAUGGCAGGAUUUUCCAAAAUAUUUGCAGUGUCUGCAACGUAUCCAUACCAGGUGGUCCGUGCUCGCUUACAGGAUCAGCAUAACAAUUAUAUGGGAAUGGUUGAUGUCAUCAGGAGAACAUGGAGGAAUGAAGGAAUUUAUGGUUUUUACAAAGGAAUGAUACCUAAUAUCAUUAAAGUGACUCCUGCCUGUUGCAUUACAUUUGCAGUCUAUGAAACUGUGUCUCAUUUUUUAAUGUAACUACCUAGAAAAUUCUGUGGAUCUCAGUGAAGAAUAAAGGGCCCAUUUUACUCGUAGUGAAGAAAGUGGCAGCUUUUGAAACGUUUUCAUAGUUUUGCAAGGACUUGGUUAGUGGAACCUUAAUAUUAUAACUGUUUGUGGUAAUUCAACAGACUAUCCUUUUUAUAUCAACACAAAAAUGCAUAUUCAUUUAAGACGGACAAUAAAGUUGUUUAAAAAAAUUAAAGUACCAAUAUAAGAGUUACAGAUCCUUUUAUAUUUGUUAAACACUGAAUUUUGGGUGGCUGUUCUACUUUGCUUUAUUUAUCAAUUUGAUUUUUGUACCCUUGGGAAAAGCCAUUACCUGAUAUCUUUUUAUGUUUAAAGUUUUAAUAAAAUAAUUUGACAGUUUAUGUUAAAUUUGCAUCAUUGUUUACAAAAUAAUUAUUAAAAAGUUCUUUAUGCAUUAUGCACUGUAAUACAAGAUUAUUUGCUUUGCCUUCAAACACAUUUUUUUCUACUCAGUGGUCUUUUUAAUGUUUAUAUUAAGUUAAAUACAACAAGUCACUAUAUAGAUAGAUAGAUAGAUAGAUAGAUACUUUAUUAAUCCCAAGGGGAAAUUCAUAUAGUUAAUUAUCACAGUAAAGUAAAAAGUAUUUCAGACUAUGGCCUCUUCAUAAAUGAAAGAGAACUUCAAAAACACAGGCUUGUGUUCAGUGGGAGCUGUUUCUCACAUUCUGCACAAUGCAGCUAGCAGGUUAGGCAUCAUCUUCAACCUGAACUGGGUCAGUUAAUAAGAAAAUUGGCACAUCCUUUAAUAACUUCUGUUCAUGCUGAAGAACAGCUGGAGGAAUUUGUUACAAAAAGAAAAAAAAAUGUUUUUAAUGGAGGAAACGCAAAAUAAGUAAAUAAAUAGGCAAAAUACCGAAAAAUCUUUUUAGUAGUUUUGUUUUUGGGAGAAACAUUACAGUACUACAGUACUACUACA